GCGGGUGUUUGCCUGUGCCUAGCUAACAAUAGCCUGGGAUCGGCAAGUUUACUGUAUAAAAAAAAAAAAAAAAAAAAACAGCCAGGAGGCGACACAGUGAAGCGCCGCUGAGCCCAGAGGAGAGCAGAGUUUGCCGAAUACAUGAGACGGUGUGUCCCGGUGUCGGAAAUUACCACUCAACACCCUGGGAUAUACAUUUGCAACCAGACAAGUGGCUGCAGGUUGAAGCUGCGUCUUUGCCUUUCUGUGAGAGGAGCAACUCGAACACAACGUUUACAGGAGCGGUUGGCUGCAGCCUAGCUGAAGAUGUCUGAUAAUGGGGAGGUCGAGGACAAGCCUCCAGCUCCGCCCAUGAGGAACACCAGCACCAUGAUUGGCUCCUGCAACAAGGACCCCGCCCCCCUCAACCACGGCUCCAAGCCCCUCCCGCCAAACCCAGAGGACAAGAAGAAGAAAGACCGCUCGAUCCGAUUCAUCCUAACAGGAGGAGGCGAUAAGACCUAUAAGAAGAAGGAGCGUCCAGAGAUUUCCCUGCCAUCAGAUUUUGAACACACCAUCCAUGUCGGCUUUGAUGCUGUUACCGGGGAGUUUACUGGUAUGCCGGAGCAGUGGGCCCGGCUCCUGCAGACGUCCAACAUCACCAAACUGGAGCAGAAGAAGAACCCUCAGGCUGUCCUCGAUGUUUUAAAGUUCUAUGACUCAAAAGAAACGGCCAACAGCCAGAAAUACAUGAGUUUUACAGAUAAAAAUGUAGAUGCCUACAGCUCCUCUACCACAACGAGCUCCAAGGCCGUGUCCGAGACGCCUGCCAUAGCAACCGUAUCUGAGGACGACGACGAAGACGAGGCCGAGCCCCCGCCGGUGAUCGCCCCCCGACCAGAACACACCAAAUCAAUAUACACUCGCUCAGUGAUAGAGCCCUUGCCUCCCCCUCCGACCAAAGAUGCUGCAACCUCUCCCAUCUCGCCACCAACAGCAACUGCCGCUGCUGUCACCCCCGCCCCCCCUGCAGAGGGAGCUCCCAGCAGCCCUCCUAGUGCAAGCCCCGCCCCCGGGCCUUCUGUGCCCCGACCCCAGGACAAAACUAGGAAAAAGAAGAUGUCAGAUGAGGAGAUCCUUGAAAAACUACGGACGAUUGUAAGUGUGGGAGACCCCAAGAAGAAAUAUACACGCUUCGAGAAAAUCGGACAGGGGGCAUCUGGGACUGUGUACACAGCUAUAGACAUCGCUACAGGACAGGAGGUCGCCAUUAAACAGAUGAACCUGCAGCAGCAGCCAAAGAAGGAACUGAUCAUCAAUGAGAUUCUGGUGAUGAGGGAAAAUAAGAACCCAAACAUUGUCAACUACCUGGACAGUUACCUGGUGGGUGACGAGCUGUGGGUGGUGAUGGAAUACCUGGCUGGAGGUUCUUUGACUGAUGUCGUCACGGAAACCUGCAUGGAUGAAGCCCAGAUAGCUGCUGUGUGCAGAGAGUGUCUUCAGGCAUUGGAGUUCCUCCACUCAAACCAGGUCAUCCAUCGAGACAUCAAGAGCGACAACAUCCUGCUGGGCAUGGACGGCUCUGUCAAACUCACUGACUUUGGGUUCUGCGCCCAGAUCACUCCAGAGCAGAGUAAACGUAGCACCAUGGUUGGGACUCCAUACUGGAUGGCUCCAGAAGUCGUGACCCGUAAAGCUUACGGCCCCAAAGUGGACAUCUGGUCCCUGGGCAUCAUGGCCAUAGAGAUGGUGGAGGGGGAGCCGCCGUACCUGAAUGAAAAUCCACUCAGGGCGCUGUAUCUCAUAGCAACCAAUGGCACGCCCGAGCUGCAGAAUCCUGAGAAGCUGUCGACGAUAUUCAGAGACUUUCUGAACCGAUGUCUGGAGAUGGACGUGGAGAAGAGAGGGUCGGCUAAAGAGCUACUGCAGCAUCAGUUUCUGAAGAUGGCGAAGCCUCUCUCCAGUCUGACUCCUCUCAUUGUGGCUGCUAAGGAGGCUGCCAAGAACAACCGCUAGCAAGCCUUGCACUCAUUAUUCUCUCUCUCUCUUUGUCUACCAUCCCUCCUUCCUUUCUCUUCUCCUUUUUUCACUGACUGCACCAAGCUUGACCCCCCCUUACAGGGAGAAAUAAGGAUAGUUUCUUCCUGUAACUUUUUGUUCGACACUCCACUGGACUCGGACAGGAAGAUGGGGUGGUGGGGGGGUGCAAAAUGAAUGACAUCAUCAGUGACCAAAUGAUGUCAUCGUUCACAUCACAGCCCCCUCAGCCGGUACGAACAACACAAUAUAGGAGAGAGAGUGUUUCAACAGAGUUUUUUUUUUCUUUCUUUCUUUCUUUCUUUUUUUUUAAAUCAAUGUUUGUUUGUUUUUCUUACUUUGCCUGUAAAAGCCGCGGACCACAACAGCCAACCAGCAACCUCUGCUGUAGACUGUGUGUGUGUGUGUGUGUGUGUGUGUGCGUGGGUCUGUGUGUCUGUGUGUACGUUUGUGUCUUUACCAAGGUCCGUGCUUCCUGUUUUUCGUCUUUGGCUUUCAGUCUGACUUAUUUCAUCAUCUUCUUUUAAAAAGUGCAUUUGUUGAUUUUCAUUUUAACACUUUUUUAAAUCAACAAUUCAGUGUGUGUGUUUGAGUGUGUCUAUUUUUGGUCAUUAAGUUGAUUGUAACAUUACCUUCUGUAGUUUUUGACAUGGAGGAGAUCAGGUUUGGUACUUUGUCGUGUCUGCAGUGAGUUAGAGAAUAUUAAUGUUAAUUAAAAUAAAUGAAAGACUGGCAGGCCCAGAACCAUCGAUGGACAGAGUUUGGACAGUUUGGAGGUUUCCCCUUCCCAAACAGCCAUUUUGGCUCAGUGAUGUCUUUCCAGGAACUUUUCUUUUUUGCUCUUUGUACUUGUAGGUUUUAGGUUUUUAAAAUAAUUCACAGUUAGUGAUAUUAGAUCAGUAUUUCCCCACAUAUGGGCUCAAAAUCUGACUCAGGUUGCAGCAGAGGUUGUGUUAGACUUUCUUAUUGUUCGUCAUUUUGACAGACAGGUUCGUAAAAAUUACAUCAUAAUCUGAGAUAUUACCUUCAAUUUAGAUUUUAGCUGCCGCUGGCUGAUGAAUUUUAUCAGUAAUACCAGCUUGUCCUUUAUCCUUCACCGCAUCAAUCCCUCUUUUUUGUAUUUGUUGAGCUCAAGAGCUUCAGCAACAUCAGUAAGUAACAGUGAAUGUUCGACACUUCAGCUGUGGAGAUGUUGCUGAACAUGACUUCUCUAAUUUUUCACUGUUUAAAAUGGGUAAAAUCUUUUUACAUUGUAGAGCUGCGUGCAGCAUAUUGAUUUACUUGGCUCUGUUUAUCAUGAGACUGCUGUGUGUGAGUGUGAGCACCACACCAGGGACAGAUGGUGACAUUGCUAACUUUUAGCAACACACAGCUAACGCUACCUAACAGUUAUUAACGGACUCAGUGACAGAGUUGAGCCUGUGUGGUGUUGGUGUAAGUUUGCUGGAACCAUCAACAGCUCAGUGUUGAUUGUUUGUCAAUGCCAUUGCAGUUACCCGGCUUUUUAAAGAAACUAAGAACACUCAGGUGUCAUUACAUUUUGCAGUGGUAUGUAGAAAUAUAGCUCACCAAUGUAAUGGCUAAAGCAAUGAGGUAACGGAGGUAACCUCUUUUACUAAAGCCAGCUAGACAACAAAUAUACUGGCAGCUUUUAUAAUUUUGUGUGUUUUCAGCACAAAUUGAUAGUAUUCCAUUAUUGUAGCAUUGCACUCCUAUUACAUGUACUGACUCAUGACAGACAGAAGAUCAAAAUAAUUGAAUCUUAUUUCAGCGUUCUGAGUUGAAUGUCUUGUCAGAGCUUUUUGUGUUAUGCUCCACUUUCUGUCUAUCAUAUAACAACAACAAAAAGAAUUUAAGUCUUCCCCAGGAAAAUAGAAACUUAAUUGUCACAUCCUUGUUUUGAAAUUACUGAUGUAGACACCAGUGAAUGAGCUUUGACAACACUCAAAUUUCAUUUUAAACCCAAUAAGGUGUUAAAAAGCCUCAAAAAUUGUAUUUAAAGAGAAGUAUCUCAAAUAUUGUACUUACACAAAUCCAAAAUCGGGUCAGCACAGCCCUUCUAAAAAAAUACAACCAAAGGGGAGAAAAAAGCAGUUAUGAACUGUGUUUACCCAUGAUCCAUUCUGUCAAACUCACUCCAUCUGCGGCUUUGGGACUUCACUGUCUACAGACUCAACACUAAGACUGUGAGGAAGAGAAUGUGCAUGUCAGCAACCUUUUUUUAUACGGUACGUUCAAGAUAGAGAAGAAAAAUAAUAAGUAAGUUGUGUCUAUGCUGGAACGUAAAGUGAUGGUACAUGAAGGAUGCUUGUGUAUGAUAGGAAAAAUCAUAUCUUAAAGGAAUACUUCACCCCCCAAAUGAUCAUGUGUACGUCGGUCACUCACUUUGAAUUUGUGAAGAAAACUGUUUUUCUUGCAUGUCUCCAUGGUGAACAAAGAAUCCAAAAAUGGGGAAAAAAAUAAAUAGAUGUUUUGAUAAGGUUCUGCCAUUGUUAAAUACAGACUCCCUGAAUUGAUUUAUCCAUUUUUGAAAUGAGGCAUGCCAGGAAAACAAUGUUUCCUUCACAAAUUUAAUAGGUGAGUUACUGAUUUACAAAUGAUCAUUUCGGGGGUAAAGUCCUUUAAUCCUAUUUUCAGAAGAAUGAGACAAAUAAAUGCUACAAUGGUACAGUGUUGUUGUUCUUUUCAGCCUGAUGGAUUGUUGGAUCCCCAGGAACCCUCUGAACAUAAGGUGUAUAUUUUCUGUGCAAAAAAAGAGAAAAAAAAACUGCAUUGACAAAAAAAAAAAGACAACAACAAUCUGUUUCAUCUUUUGUUUACAGACUAUUUUUUAUAAUCUAUCAAUGUCAGAAAAUUCCUUUUUGUUAUGGAUAGCAAGAUUUGAGUAUUUGUUUUGGAUUUUUUUUUUCUGCUGAAUUAAAGGAACAUAGUUUUUCUUGCCAGCAAAAAAUGUCAUAGGUUCAAAUCCUGCAGUAGCCAAAGUUUCCAUCAAUAGCCACGGUCAUUCGCUCUGCAUUUGAGCAUCAGAUAUAAAAUCCUAUGUGAAUAAAACACUUCCAAAACAUCUAUUCAAAACUAUCACUUUGAUUUCUGCUGUUAGUUGUUUUUAUAGUUUUGUUUUUAUGUAGUGUUCAUGUACCUCUGGCCUUAAACUGUUUCAAAGGUGCAAGACUACUUUAGAAUAGCAACAUUGGCAACAUUUUUAGGCAACAGUGAAUGUUGGUGCUGCAACUAACAAUAAUUUCAAUUAUCGAUUAAUCUGAUGAUUGCAUUCUCUGUGAGUGAAAAAAUGUUCACAAUUUCCCAGAGCCCACAGUAAGAUAUUCAGAUGUCCUGUUUUAUUCAACCAAAACCACAAAGUUUAUAAUGAUGGAAAAUAAUUAAAACAGAAUGAUUGGCGUUUUUGCUUAAAAAAAGUACAUUUUAAUUCAAUUCUCCAAAAUAUUUGUGAAUCAACCAAUCGUUGCAGCACUACAUGUUUUGAACUCUACAAAGACCAGUGUGAAUGAUCAGUGGUAAAGUAUCUUUGAGCAUGGCAGUGAAACACACAGCUGAUUAGACUGGCUGCAGUGUGGAGGAUGAACGCAGCUGUAAAAUUCAUUUAUGUGUAUAAACUGCCUGAAACUGUUGCCACUGUGUGUCUGUGUGUCCUGGUCUGAACCCCUGGCAUAGAGCUGGACUUUCUCUGAGAUCUCUCUAAACUCUGUAUGUGAUUUAAAGUUUUGCUGUUAUUAAGCAGUCAUCAAAAGACAAUGUGACAGAGCAUUCUCAGAUGCUUGUUAAUGAAAAAAAAAACACAGGAAUGCAUUUUAAAAUUGUCCUUCAAAGUCUUGGUGAAAUGUUAUUUUUACCUUUUUAAUGGUGUAUUGAUGGGCUCAUAUUAAUCCGACAAAGAAAACGUCUAACUACCAAGAUGUGUGCUGAUGUGAUGGAUUGGACCAAACUGUAAUCAUGAUUUAUUACUUUGUGCCAGAUGAGCUUCACAAUGUUAUUUUUUGCAUUAAAUUGUCGGUUAAAUAAGGAACCACUUAUGCUACAUUCACAUGGAAUCAGGCAGACGGCAGACAGACAACAGGUUCUGGAUGGCAUGGGAAAAACAAACAUACAGUCUGAUGGAAUAGCAGGAUGGAAAAACAAAAUAUGCAUGACAGUAUGUGGUGGUAAUGAUGCCGUAUUGUUGACAAAGAAUAAAAUAAAAUCUAUUAAAUGAAA